AAAAAAAUCUUUCAAAUUUCAAAGAUAUUUUUUUCUGCUAGGGGCAAAAUUGAAAAUGCCUAAAUUUCCCACUUCUGGCAAUAUCAAAAUCGUAGAGUGGAACGAAGCUGUGUUAGACCUAACAAAAAAACUGAAUGUACCUACAAGGGACAUGGGAUUGGCUGUCAGCAGCCGUGAAAUUAUUGAAGGAGAGAAUUGUUCCGAAGAGGACAUCGGAGUGAAAAAAGAUCAAGUGCUGCCUUCGCAGGACGGUGAAAAAAUUAAUAAUUUGAAAAAGGAUGAUUCAAAUUCUCUGUUGCCUAGGUAUUCAAAAAAAUCAGACGAAAUUCGACCUAAUAGAGACACGUUUGAGUCUGCACCACUGGCACAAUUUGACGAUGAAAAUAUACCGGAACUACCAAUAGAUGAUGACAAAACUAAUAAACAUAACAUGUUUCUAGAGUUGUUCCUCCAGUUUAUAGACUUUCUCAAGAUAACUUUAUUGCUGCUCACUGUAGAGGUGAUUGUCAAUUCAUAA